AGCUGUUUCUGCUGCAUUCAUGGAGACUUGGACAUGAGCCCUAGUAACAAACUGACAUCGAUAGCCGGACAAAGCAGAGCUGCGUACGUAGAAGGCUAGAAGCCAAGUUCGUCUCUGCAACGGCACUUCGCUUCGGAGAUGACGAGCCAGGAAGCACCGCCGCCUACCAUGUCGUCGUCGCCGCCGCCGCCGACGCACGUCCUCCUCGUCUCUGCACCUCUUCAGGGCCACGUCAGCCCGCUUCUCGUCCUCGGCCGGCGCCUCGCCUCCGCGGGCCUCCUCGUCACCUUCACCACCGCCCCUCACGCGGGCCUCAAGCUCAAGCACCGGCAUGGCGAGGUCGACGGUGGCGUCGGGCGCGGCGCGCUCCGGUUCGAGCACCUGCGUGGCGAGGAGCUGUGGGCGCCCGAAGACCGGCGGUACCGCGUCGCCGACGACGUGGCGCGGCACCUCGACGACGCGGCCCCCGCGGCGCUCGCGGGGCUCAUCCGCCGCCAGGCCGACGCGGGGCGCCCGGUGUCGUGCGUCGUGGCCAACGCCUUCGCCCCGUGGGCGCUCCGCGCCGCGGGGGCCACGGGUGUCCCGGGCGCCAUGCUGUGGACGCAGUCCUGCGCCGUCCUGUCGCUGUACUACCACUACUUCCACUCGCUCGCGGCGUUUCCCUCGAAGGAGGCCGGGCCUGACGCGCCGGUCGAUCUGAUCCCCGGGCUGCCCACGCUGGCCGCCGGCGACCUCCCGGCUCUCAUUCACGCGCCCGAGGAGUUCGUCUGGCGCCAGGCGCUAUUGUCGGACAUUGCCAGCCUCCGCGGGACGGUGUCGUGGGUGCUCGUCAACACGUUCGACGAGCUCGAGCAUGCCGCCAUCGAAGCGCUUGGCGCGCACCUGCCAGUAGUUUUCCCGGUCGGCCCGCUCUUCGAGACGGAAAACGACGGCGGCGGCGUCGACGAAUGUACGGCGUGGCUCGACGCGCGGCCACCUCGAUCGGUGGUGUUCGUGGCGUUCGGGAGCCUCGUGAAGCUCGGCCGCGACGAAAUGGCGGAGGUGGCAGCCGGGCUAGCGACCACGGGGCGGCCGUUCCUGUGGGUCGUGCGCGACGAUAACCGCGACCUCCUCCCGCCGGGCACCGCCGCCUCGAGCGGCGGCAACGGCGGGGGCAAGGUGGUGCCGUGGUGCGAGCAGCGGCGCGUGCUCUUGCACCGCGCCGUUGGGUGCUUCGUGACGCACUGCGGGUGGAACUCGACCACGGAGGCGCUGGCGGCCGGCGUGCCCGUCGUCACAUACCCCGCGUUGUCCGACCAGCGCACCAACGCCGCGUUCCUGGUGGACGUGUGCGGCGUCGGGGUCCGGCUCCCGACGCCUCCCACGCGCGACGACCUGCGGCAGUGCGUCGAGGCGGCCAUGAGGGGUACCCUGGACCUGGACGGGGAGGGUAUGCGGGCAAGGGCCGAGGGGUGGAAGGCCAAGGCGAGCGCGGCGGUGGCGGAAGACGGGUCGUCGUACAGGGCCACCUGGGAUUUCGUUGACGCUGUAUCGUCCUUGUCCAUUGGAGCUGGUAACAGUGGUAACUGAAGCGCAUGCAGUUAUGUUGUGCCUGCCCUCGCCUUGUUCAGUAAAUGAAGUUAGACAACACAGAGAGCAUGCAAUUUAUGAUAUAUGUUACCCAUGCAAUUUUUUGUUUCAAGAAGUGAUUUGUG